UGCGUCCGCAGCUCGGAGGACGAGGUGGACGUGCUCCUGCACGGCACCCCUGACCAGAAGCGGAAGCUGAUCCGGGAGUGCCUGACUGGGGAGAGCGAGUCUUCCAGUGACGAUGAGUUCCAAAAGGAGAUGGAUGCGGAGCUGAGCACCACCAUGAGGACCAUGGAAGGCACGUGGGCCUCACCAGAAACAGGUACUUCCUCAGAUACUGGGCAGACUGGAACUGCCAGCACUUCUAAAUACUAUGAUGACAUUUACUUUGAUUCUGACUCAGAAGAUGAAGAUAAAAUAGGUCCACAGGAUGUCCGGAAAAACAGAAAACAUCAGCAACGUCGGAUUCUUUCCAAUGAUGAACUGCUAUAUGACCCAGAAGAAGACAGGAGAGACCAAGAGUGGGUAGACUCACAGAGGAGGGGGUACCGCAAUCAAAGGAGAGCGCAUCUGCAGCAGCAGACCAGGCCCUCAGCUGUUCCAAACAGUGAUGCUGUUUUGAAUUGCCCAGCUUGCAUGACAACGUUAUGCUUGGACUGUCAGAGACAUGAAUCUUACAAAACACAAUAUAGAGCAAUGUUUGUGAUGAACUGCACCGUUAAUAAAGAGGAGAUUCUGAAAUACAGAAAGAAAGUAAAGAGCAGAAGUAAGAAGAUGAAGCACAGCAAAGAAACUACCUCUAAACAAUCAAAUCAAGAAGAGGAGGAAGUGUAUCAUCCAGUAUUAUGUACUGAAUGCUCAACUGAAGUGGCUGUGAUGGAUAAAGAUGAAGUUUUUCACUUCUUCAAUGUUCUAGCCAGCCAUUGCUAAUGUGCAAAAGCAGGGGGAAAAAAAUCCUGCACUCUUUUAAGACUGUGAAAUGCAGGUAUCUUAGCCUUUUUAAAAUACGAUCAUUUAAAUGUAUGUUUUCGUCAG